CUCAUCUUUACUUCCACUUAUAGCAGAGACUACAGAGAAGCUCAGCAGCGGUAAUACACAAGAAGCAUCAAAAGCAGCAAAAGAACUCAAACUUAACAUAGACAAGUCUUACGAAAGAGUGAAGAACGUAAAAGGUGGAAAUUUGACAAAGAACGAUCAAUUGCUACUUAUCGAACAAUUAACUGAAAUUAGAAAGCAAAAGUUACAAACAGUAAAGAAUAUCCAAAGAGGAAAUAUACCAAAAGAAUGAGCUCAGAAUAUGAGAGACAGCGCUUGAAGAAUAUUGAGGAAAAUAAUAAACUGCUUGAGGAACUGGGAUUAGGCCAAGCCUCUACUGAGGUCUUCGGUAAGAGACAGCGUGACGAGAAACCAAAGGAGAAGCCUGCGAAGAAAGUAAAGAAGGAGAAUGCACCAACUGAGCCACCACGACGCUCAUCGAGACGUGUACCGACGACAGAAGAAGAUAAGAAAGCAACUCGUGAGCAACUUGAAUAUGACAUGGAAAGAGAAGCGCGUUUGAAACAACAAAGGCGUGAGCUUGAGUUUAAGACAAGAGAGAAGGAUAUGUCUCUAUUAGAACUCAUAAAGAGUGAUCCGGUCGAUUAUAUAAUCAAUGGUGACAGAAAUCCCAAAGUGAAAAAAGAAGAGGGCGACAAUGAUGAUGAUAAUGAUGAGAACGACGAAGAGACAGAUGCGCAUGAUGCAGAACAACUCUCAGCCUAUCUCCAGUCACGGGCACCUGUAAUGCGUCCAACACAUAUAGCUGAUGAAGAAGAUAAUACCAACAGCGAUGAAACAAUAGACAAAUUCAAAGAACGAAUGGAAUCACUUCAAUUGAGAACAAUCCAGAGUGUUACUGCGAAUCGCAUACAUUCCAUGCAAUACCAUCCUGACAAAGAAUCCGAGUUAGUAUUUGCGGGUGACAAAUACGGUCAACUUGGUAUACUUCGCUACGAUACGGAGGAAGAUACAUCGCAGAUUUGGAGAUUACAGCCACACGCCAACAAAUACGCACUCUCGUGCAUAAGAUUUGAUGUCCAGAAUUCCCGGAAUGCUUUCACAUGCAGCUACGACUGUUCCAUACGUCAAUUGGACUUUGAAAGCGGUAUAUCUAGUCAAGUUUUCCGCUGUAACGAUAGCUACGACCAAGAGACCAAUCGACUCGUCACCCAUCUUGACAUGUCCAAUCAAUGUCCAAACCUGUUGCACAUAGCUGAUAAUGGCGGCGGUCUAUCUCUCAAAGACACCAGAACAAAAGACAGAGGUGUGAGGUAUAUCCUCUCUAGUCAUAAGUUGGGCUCCGUUUCUAUCAACCCUGCAAAUCAUCAUGAGAUAUGUACAGCAUCAAACGAUCGUUCUGUCAGUAUAUGGGAUCUACGGGUAGUUAAAGACUAUACGAAAAAACUAAAACCUGUCGUGGAAGAAAAAGGUGAUUUGCCUUACUAUGAUGAAAUCGAAGAUAAGGGUCUCGUGAAGGAUUUUACCCUGGGCAAAGCUGUAACUUCAGCUUAUUACUCUCCGACGGGUAAUAGUAUACUUUCCACAUCGUUUGAUAACACGAUCAGAGUGUUCGAUAAUACGCUCAAGCAAUCAUACUCCAUUAAGCAUAACAAUGAAACGGGUAGAUGGCUUUCUGUUUUCAGAAUGCAAUGGAUCAAUCCACUUCCAAAUGCUGGCAUACCUAUAACAUUUAUAUCUCCAUCAAUGAAAAGGUCCAUUGAGGUCUGGACAAAGCGAGAUAAAUCCAAACCUAUAGUAGAAUAUAUUGAUUCUAAUUCAAUAACAGCUGUACCAGCCGUAGUGUCCGCUAAACCUGCUACUGAUUUAGAUAACAUUAGCAUUGCUGGUGGAAAUGGCAGUGGUAAAGUGAUAAUCUACAAAUAAUGUACUUUAAUAUUUAUACUUGAUACAAAUAAAUAAAUUUCACGUUUAAAAUAGAUAAUUAUAAUUAUACAUGCUUAUAUGUGAGGGAUGAACUUUACAGCUAAGUGUAAAAGAAAUACAACAAUAGAUGACUCAAUUAGGCUUAUGAACUGAGUCGGGUGAGUCACCAAACAUAAUAGCUAUGUUUUCCAACAUUUCCUUACGCUCCUCUUCCUUAGAGCGUUGACGACCUGAACCAAGAACACCUUUGAAAAGUCUUGUCUUUCGUUCUUGAAUCUCAAGAAUGUGUUCUUCAAUAGUGUUCUGAAUUAUAUAUCUGACUACCUGUACUGGUCUCUUUUGGCCGAUACGACAGACUCUGUCGACUGCUUGAUUUUCAACAGCUACGUUCCACCAGCUAUCCAUCAUAUAGACCCUAUUGGCUGUUGUCUAGAAAAAUCAUUAGUAAUUGUCGUUAGAAAAUAUAGUUCACCUACUAAAUUCAAUCCAACACCACCAGCUCUAAGGGAAAUAAGCAUGACUUCACAUUUAGGAUCAUUCUUAAGUCUUUCAAGUGAAUGAGCACGCUGAUCACGUUGCAUGGAACCAUCAAGUCUACUAAAACCAAUUUGACAUUCCCUUAAGCCAAAUUCAAUGAGAUCUAACAUACUAGUCCAUUGACUAAAUACGAUAGUCUUAUUAGGUACUGCCUUGAUAUCCGCAUCAAAGUUCAGGGUGUUAAAGUUAGAUGAAUGUGGAUUAGUUGUUGAAAUUUCUGCUAAAUCAUGCAAUAAUGCUUCUAUUUUUGUUGAAAACUCUUCUGGUUUUUCGAUUUUCUUCUUACGUUUUGAUGUUGAUACUUCAUUUUCAAACACGGAUAGAUCAUUUUCAACACUUGCGAAUGUUUCGUUGAAAUUGUCGAUUUGAAUUACUUGUGUUGCAUCGCUAACGACUUCUUUACAAUCUGGACAUUGGAAUGAUUCAAAUUCUGGCCAAUUGCGUACGUGUUUCUUGAUACAGCUGCUACAAAUCAAGUGAUUACACUGAAGGUUCAUUAUUGGGAGCACCAUCGCUGAGCCUGUUGAUUGUGGAGUGUUGGAGGAACUUUCCAACUUUGGUUUUUUGAAGAUUUUAUCUUCCACUAAUGGCUUAUCUUCUUCCUCCUCUUUUUGUGCACCUGGGGCUUGAGACUGCACAAAAUCGUAAUAGCAGUCAAUGCAAUUCGCCGUUUCGGAAUCGCGCAUGACUUGGAAGAUCGCUUGGGCUUGGGCUGUAGGUGAUUCAGCAAAAGCAUUGACAGCAUCUGGACAUAAACAAUAAUGAUCGCAAAUCAUUCUCAAGCGGAGAAGUUCCUAGUAAAAUGCUUAUAAAACCACCACGUGAAAGACCAUCGGAAUCACGAAGUUCAACGUAUUUGCCCUUCGAUUUCCCAUGCUGAUUGUCGUAAAUAGCUCUCUCUCGAGGGUUGAAUUCUAAUGACCUGAGUUCAUCUGAUCGAUCGGGUAGCGUAACGAUUGGGGUGCCAUCCAUGUUCUUCAUUUCCUUUGUACGACGCAUUGUAAUAUGUCUCAUGAUGAUCUGAAUUCUAGCAAAUCCAACGUUGAGAUUACUUUUAAUAGGUAAACCGAUAUACGUGUUCCACGUUUCUCGUUGAUCGAAUGGUUCUAGAUGCAAAAACCUCAACAAGGCGUAUAAAUCUUCAAUUUUGUUCUGUAUCGGUGUACCAGUCAAGCAUAGUCGCCUGUUAGCGGCCAUUUCAGAAGCAGCUUUAGACAUCAUCGUCGAUGGAUCCUUAAUAUAGUGUGCUUCAUCAAGAACUACUCUAAACCAUUCAAUUUGCUGCAAUGGUGAGGCAGCAUUGACUACAUUUUCUCGCAUCUCUGCUAGUAGCUCGGGACAGAGCCCUUCAAUUUCA